GGUUAUUUCACUCGUCACUCCAAAAAUGUCGCCAGCAACGCCGCCUCGGCACGUGGUCGUGUUGGUGCUCGGUGAUGUGGGCCGCAGCCCGCGUAUGCAGUACCACGCCGUGUCACUGUCCAAGAUGCCGAAUACCAAGGUGACUCUUGUGGGAUAUGAAGGCGAGCGAUGUGUGCCGCAGUUGCUGGCUCAGCCCAACAUCCACCUCCGCACGUUUGCUCCUGUCAAAGUAUCUCGGUCGUUGUUUGUCUUGUCGGGGCCAUUGAAAGUGCUCAUUCAGCUGUGUCAACUCUUCUGGAUCCUCUUGUUUACCCUUGGGUCCAUCGACGUACUCAUGGUUCAAAACCCUCCAACGAUCCCCACGCUGUGUGUGGCAUGGCUAACGUGCAAACUCAAACGCGCCAAGUUUGUCAUCGACUGGCACAACUUUGGCUACACCGUGCUGGCCCUGAGCAUUGGUGAAUCGCAUGCUUUUGUCAAAAUUGCCACGACGGUGGAGCGCGUGUUCGGACAGCUGGCGGACGCCAACUUUUGCGUGACCAAGGCCAUGCAAGGCUGGCUUCAAAACCACUGGCGCAUCCACGCGACGGUGCUGUACGACAAGCCCCCCGAGUUCUUCAAGCCUGCCUCCAUCGCUGAGAAACACGAGCUGUUCACGCGACUCGCCGACCAAUUGCCAGCUCCCUGGGUCGUCCCAUCUGGAAACACAACCAAACCGCCCAAGCCGAUGGACACGAACGCGACGCUGCUGACCACCGAAAUUCACUCGGCUGUCCACGAUCGCCUUGACCGCCCUGCUGUACUCAUCAGCUCGACGAGUUGGACUGAAGACGAGGACUUUGGGCUGCUCUUCCGAGCGCUGGUGCUGCUUGAUGCGAGGAUCGUCGACGACCCUGCGUACCCCGACGUGUUGGUCGUCGUGACCGGCAAAGGCCCCCAGAAAGCCAUGUACUUGAAGAAAAUCCAAGACAUGCAGCUCGUGCGCGUGCACAUCACGACCAUGUAUUCUUUCGUCAUACUUGUACCAUUGUAUUCUAAUGCGCAGAGUCAGUUGGCUUGAAGCGGCAGACUACCCCAUAAUGCUUGGGAGUGCCGACGUGGGCAUCUGUCUCCACACGUCGACGUCGGGACUGGACUUGCCCAUGAAGGUGCUCGACAUGUUUGGCUGCCAAGUGCCCGUGUGCGCCGUCAAGUUUGCGUGUCUGCACGAGCUCGUACGCCACAACGAGAAUGGCAUGGUGUUUGAAGACAGCGUCGAGCUGUGUGAUCAACUUCAGUCGCUUUUGAUUGGCUUUCCAAAGAGUGAAAAACUCGACCUGUUGCGCCAGUCGCUCGAAAGUGUCGAGGUAUGUGAUGCUUUGUGGAAUACUGUAUCUCAGUUUUUGGACGUUGAAAUAGCAUUGGCCAAGCAACUGGAACCAGCACGCCCUUCCGGUGUUCCAACGCCUGUUGGAGCGCGCUUAAUCACGAGAAAUGUGAUGUGGGGCUUCGUAUACUACACUACACGAUCUGUAGUUAUAACGCAAGAUAACAAUGUGCCACUUGCAUGUCCAUGGUGGCAUAGCUACUCAAC